AUGCCACUAUUGCCAAACUCACGGCGUGGCCUGCAUCUACCAAGAGCCGCCAGUGGAGCGUCCCAGUCGUCGGACAGGGUCGAAGAAGAAUUGAAUGCCGUGAACAAACGCCUUGAUCAACUGAUCAGCUUGAUGCUUCCAGCACAGCCCGUUUCCCCGGAUGUUCGCACUGCAGAUCUGCGAAAUGAAUAUGAUGAUCUGGCAAAUCAAGCUAACUCGCCUUUUGAUUUGCCUUCCAAGCUGCUUGGUAAUUCGUCCGUUAUGCAUGUGCUGGGGCUAGAUGCAGGUUUCGCGCAGACCUUAAUCCGAGGGGAACGAGCUGCCGGGUCCAAGUGCCAUGAGGCCGGAGGUGCACGGAUGCUUAUUGUCCAUCAUCGGCAUGCAGUGAGCGCUUUGGCUGCAUUCUCCGCGCGGGUUCACAUCUGGUAUCCUAUUCUUCCAUCGGACUUUUCGCAAGAGUACUUCCGGGUACUCUCUGGUUCGUUACAUCCAUCUUCGGAAUCUUGCCUUUCCCUUCUUGUGGCUGCAGUCGGCCAUAUAGUAGGGGAAUAUGAGGCAGUCUCAGAUACCCCGUAUUUCGAAACAGCACUAGCCUCGCUGCCAAUCAUCAUCUCCGAGUGCAGUAUCCAGAGUGUCCAAUGCUUGGUGUUGAUCGCUUUGUAUUAUUGUUGUCUAUUGAAGCCUUGUCUGGCACAUGACUAUUGUUUAAUUGCGUCGUCCAAGAUCCAAAACAUUAUCAAAAGUGGAUUAGAAAGUGAUGAUCCAAACACCGUUGAACUAACUCGGCAAGCGUACUGGGGUGUACUAUUACUCGAGAAUGAGAUUUCCGGCCAAUUGGAUGUUGCCAAGAGCGAUAUCUGGUGUCUGGAUGAACAUGUCCCACUCCCACUAUGCCAGCAUACAUGGCAAUUUAAACCCGAGAGCACAUCACCAGGAGUUGCCACCCCGGAACUUGCGCUACCCGUCGACACAAGCGUGGAAAAUACGCGAUGCUAUUUCCUGGCUGAGAUUGCCAUGAGACGUAUGCUACAUCGAUGCAACACAGCGGUCCAGGCGACGUCUACCGGAAAGUACGUGUAUGCCUCAGGUAUUGCACUGGAGCUGGAACACCAGCUCGAAGAAUGGUAUAGUUACUUACCGGAUAUAAACCGUUUUGAUAAGGGCGAUGUGUUACAACCAUUGGAACUUGUCGAAAUCCCGUCCUGUCCUUUGUCAAACUUUCUUCGGGUCCAGUACUACUGCUGCAAGCUUUCAAUAUAUUGGCCGGCCGUUUAUCAGGUGAUGCAGGAUGGAGCCAUUACAGACCUCCUUCUGGAUCAUUGCCAGAUAUUCUUUGAUUCUAUCGUUGCGGCAUUCCAUAACUGCCAGGUGAACAGAUGGACAUUGUUCGUUAGGUAG